AAUAAGUUACAUAUCGAUUAUAAUCGAAUUUUGCGUCAUAGUAGUUGGGUUGCUGAUCUUGGUUUUUCUUUUUCGAGGACGCGAGCAAUCGUGAUUGAUUUUUAUUAAGCUGUCAAAAUGACGAAUUCAAAAGGGUACCGUAGAGGAACAAGAGAUUUGUUUUCUCGAAAGUUUCGCAAACAUGGAACAAUUCCACUGUCCACGUACAUGAAAGUAUACAAAGUUGGUGAUAUUGUUGAUAUUAAAGGUAAUGGAGCUGUGCAGAAAGGAAUGCCUUACAAAGUUUAUCAUGGGAAAACUGGACGGGUAUUUAAUGUAACCCCACAUGCUCUUGGAGUCAUCGUUAAUAAGAGAGUUCGUGGACGAAUUAUUGCCAAGAGGAUCAAUGUUCGCAUUGAACAUCUGACUCAUUCUAAAUGCAGAGAAGAUUUCUUAAAGAGAGUGAAGGAGAAUGAAAGACUUAGGAAGGAAGCUAAGGAAAAGAAAGUCAGAGUCCAACUGAAAAGACAGCCUGCUGAACCCAGAGGUGCACACAUUGUAUCAGGACGUGAAAAACCAGUUUCACUUGCACCUAUUCCUUAUGAAUUCAUUGCUUAAAUUUCAAUAAAAACGUCUUUAAAAACAA